AACGAAUAUUGUGAAGCAAAAUGUUCGGGUUUUUCGUUUUCAGUUUGUUCUUUGUUGCCCUUACAUCGGCUGGAACAUCUAAACUCGUAGUUCCCGAACAACAUGCUCAAUCUUCACAUAAUCUAGAAGUUUCUGGAGGAUACGAAUCCGCAGGUUAUGGUGGAGCUGAAAUAAUUGACCAUUUCGCCGAAUCAGGAAGCGUUAGAAAUGGAAAAGGAACCUCAGGAGCAGAAUUAACAAGUUUGGCACACAAUUCGGCAGUACAAGCUAAAAACGCUGUCAGAAAUCAACACACAGCUGGAAGUCAAGCAGCUUUUGGAAUUAAAAGCAGUUUAGCCAGUGCCGCCAUUGGAGCUGCCCAAACCGCUCAAGCUGCUCUUGUAGGUAAACAAGCUAUCAUCCAAAAUCUUAAGAGACAAGUCGUCGACGGUCAACAACAGCUCCAAGCAGAAAUUGCUCAAUUACAACAACUUGAAGCCGUAGCUCAAGUAGCUGCUCAAUCAUCACAAGACUCUCAUGCACUUCUUAACAGCCUUAACGCCGCUUUAGCAGCUGCGCAAGCUGGUGCAUCUCACGCUGAGCAAGCUGCUGCUGAAGCCUCAAACGCGGCUGCCUCCCAGCACGGUAUGGUAGAGGAAGCCAAACAAAACGUAGCACAAAUCUUAUCGCAACUUCAAAGUGCUAUCAGCGAGCUCCAACAAACCGAGGUUUCCGCUAUUAAAGCCGCUGAAGCUGCUCAAAUAGCACAAUCGAAUGCCGCCGCCGCGGGUUUGGCAGUUGCUGCUGCUAGUGCUAAGGAUGGACACAGUGCAGGAUCUAAUGCCGGAUACCAUCAUUCUGGUCAUCAUUACUAA